UCCAGUCACUUUUCAUGAAUCAGCAGCACAUGACAUACUAGGAAGGAAAGGGAAGAGAAGGGGCUUUCAGAUAAGGACAUCUCCAUGAAGGCCUUCUGAGAGGACCAUCUUCCUGUGCCUUUCACAGCUGUUUAAUCUGCAGACAUUCACAGUCCUGUCUUCAUGCAAUGACAAGUUUCACCAGCUAACUUCUGCAUAUCAAAGUCAUAGGACCAGAUCAGGUCUUGGAGGGCCACUGAUGCCACUGCAUGGGAAGACAUGUUUGGAGCUGCAUCCAUAGAACCUGGUCUUUCUUCGUAUGGGUGCCUGCAUCCCCAAGCCCAGUCCUCCAGCACCACUGAGUGUAGACAGCUUACUCUCCGCAAAGAAGAGCUUGGAGGAAGGCAAUCGGGGAUCUGAUACAAUGCUGACAGCUUGCUUAGAUCAUGCCCUCUUAGAAUUUCCUCGUGAACCACACUGUCUCCGGGACAAUGCCACCUUGACUGUUCAGGUCAGAGGGAGGAAGAGAAUGGAGUUUGUCUCCGGUGGAGGUGAGAACAAGAUAGUUGUCUCUUGGUUAAAGAAGAAAACCCACUACAACAUUGAGAUCUCCAGUCUGGAGGUGUACCUGAACCGGUUGUCCCUCUGCACAGCUCCACUGACCUCUGACAAUUUGGAGAAGGUGAGGCAGGAGCUCCUUCAGUGGGAUGACGCCACUAAGGAACUCCGCGCCUGCCUGGAUGUUGCCAUAACAGAGAUUGAGAAGGAGCCACCUUCGGUGAAGAGCAAUGCUGAAUUGACCAUUGAGUGUGGCAGUUCCUGCUUGGACUUUGUUUCUGGGAAGGGGAGGUCCCGUAUCCACAUCCUUUUUUCUGAUAAGCAACCUCGGUACCAGGUCCGAGUUUCCUGCAUGGACAUCUAUGUAGACAGGUUGAGCUGCCGCACAAUGCCGCUCACCUCAGAGAACCUGCUGAAAGUGUGGAAAGAAACAGAAAGCCUGAAAGGAUGCACAGUGGACCUCCGGGCUUGCCUCAAGCGAGCCUUGCAAGAGUUUAAUGCUUUGUCGCCACGGCACCGGGCUAAUGCCACCAUCUUCAUUGACUGCGAUGGGAAGAACUUCAAGAUGGUUUCCGGGCAUGGAGAGAGCUGGAUCUCUGUCUUCAACAUUGUCGGAGAUCAACAUUGCCGCAGAGAAGUUGUGCUGGCUCUGGCAGAGACUGGAUCAUCCAGCAGGCUGACGGGGCCAUCCGCUGGGAAACGUGGGAAAGAAGGGCCAUUGUUUCGGGUGAGGAAACUGGAAGGGAGGAAAGGUGCAGAGGAGGGCCCAUCCAAUCAGGUACGGAGAACGUUCAACAGGCCCAAAAGGCAGUCCAAUGGGAAAAGAUCUAAGAGAGGGCCACCCAAUGUGGUUGUAUUAGAAGAAUUUGCAUCUAGUAGUUGGAAAGGAGAGGAAGAAACAACAUCAUUUGCAGGGAGGACAUUUUCCAGUGGCACAAGGGCAGAUACAAGACUGCCCAAUAGUUCCAGGGGACUGGGAGGAGAAUACAUCCUCAAGUUAAACGUAUUAUCAUCCAGCUGGAAAAGAAAACUGUCUGAGGAGAGAAAUGGAAAAGAAAUAGAACUUGCCGGGCUACAGAGUUUACCCAGUGGGACAGUAACGGAAGAAGUACUGAUCCAUGGAAAGAGCGAAGACAUGGGGCCAUCAUUCAAUGGAUCAAGUGAAGAAGAAGAAGGAGAGCCAACUGAUGUUCUAGAGGAAACUUCAGACAGCAGACAAGCAGACGGCGGUCCAGAAAGGUGACUCGUCCAGGGGACUGGUGAACAUGAUGGAUCCCUCCCAGGCUAAGGUGAUGGUCGGUUCUUGGACUGGGACUGAGAUGGAUCCAUUCCAGGAACAGGACAUUGUUUUUGGAUUGGGAAGUCGGGGGCUGGUCCACCAAAUGAAUUGUGUAAGAGUGAUACCAAAAAUAAAUGAUCUAUGGACCUGAGGUUCCUGUCUCUUGGGACACCCUCCAUGGGCUCUGCCUCCUGCGGCGACCAGUUCUUUCUAAACUGGUUUUCACUACCCCCGUGUAGAAAAAGGUCUUGAUGCUGCUGCCUAGCAGGACAGCAAAGCCCAAGCAGGAUGUUAUGAACCCUUUUCACAAAAUGCAGGAGGUGCAACUUUCCCCAUCACUGAUGUUCUGUAACUGGGGCACCUAUACAGGUGAAGAACACUAAACUCAGAUGGUCAGCAUAGGAUGUGUACAUGUAAGGAAGGACCAUGGCUCAAUGGUAGAGCCCAGGGACUGCACCAGGCAUGACUGGGCCCUUGGGCAUCAGACUGCCCUGGGCCCGCAUUGUCAUGCUCCCCAAAUCCCUCCUGAUGCAGGCAGCACGACCUUAAAUAGGCCCACCCACCCCACCUACCAACCACAUCAGUGAUCCAGCACACACACACCUGCCACCACCCAAGAUAUAUAUACUUGUGGGGAGGUUGGAUCCUGGUUAUGGUACUUGGGAGGCUUCAACCUCUCUCCACUCUGCACGAUGUCCUCAGCUUUAAAAACCCCAAAGGUGCUAUGGGCCAUUGGGCAGAGGGGACCAUACAGGUCAAAUUCUUCUCUUCAGUUAAUGUGUCCAGGAGUGGGAGGGAGAAUUGGAUCCAGAUUGGGACAUAGGGGGAAGAGUUAAACUCCACAUCCCUGCACUACUGCCUCAGUCGAAAUCACCCACCCACCUACACUGCUUUUAACCAAAGAGGAAAAAAUAACAUUAGGAGAUCUGAUCAUGUCCUGUUUAGUUCAAUCCUUCCCAUAGACCUUCACACUUUCUUUUCCUUCAGUAAAAGCAACUCAUUGCUGCCAUCUUCUGGUCUGGCCACACUAGUUUGUGAACUGGGGGGGGAUUUAAAACACCUUCAGACUGUCAGUAUUUUGAUGGAGGGAUUCAAGUGGAAUGCUGGAACAUUAGAUUUGUGCAGUAAAAGUGGAUUAAAGGUCUCUGUGGCCCCAGCACAACAAAUCCACUUUAAAAAAGUAUAAUUUUUUUGUGGUGUGGAAAGUGACAGAGAAAUACAUUUUUUCAUCCAGUGUGGGAUGAAGAACUAAUUAAUGGGAUGAUGUAGAAACGCCCUGCAAGCAAGUCAGGAUAAAUGCAGAACAAAUGCUCAUUGCUGUAUUACCUCCUCAUAAAGAAAUCAAAAUGGAUACAUUUGUAUUGGCACCAGGUGAGACUCCCAGUGGAAGUCAUCUUAUCCCACACUCCAUCCGAAGAUGACAUGUAUCCCCCCUUUACCCUCACAACAACCCUGCAAGGUCUUAAUCCAUAAGAUAGUGAUUGGUUCAAGGUCCUCCAGUAAGCUCUGAGGUAAGGAUUCAAUAAGGUCUUCCCAUAUUAAGUCCAGCACUUUAGCCACUAUGCCUUACUGGUGCUAUAUGGUGACUGAGAAUUUUAUCCAAGAGAUCAAAUAGAACAUCUUUUGUAGUUCUCUUUUUCUUUCAUGCUGUUGACAUGAGGCCUAGAAAUUAUGUGUGGGCCAGCAGGCUAGUAUGUUCCGCAAUAUCA